GAGGGGAUGGCUACAGUGGAGCCUGAGCAGAAUCCCACUCCGACAGGGCCACCCUGGCUGGCACUGGCAGGCAGCUGGCCUCUUACAGGUCUGCCAUCCUCAGCUCCACACACCCACACCCACACACCCCUCCCUGAAUCACAAGCCAGACCCCAGUCCCCACGGUUGCUCAAUCUCCAGGAGCCCAGUUCCUGUGGGCAGCGCCUGACCCUCUCUUUUCUGCGCUUCAAGGGAAAGAGCAGAUCUUGCACAAGGCACUCCGUGUCUGCCCUCGGCUGGGGAUGGGUGGCAUGGAUCCUCUCCGGCUGCUUGCCCUGCUCUCUGUCACAGCGCUGUCGGGAGCCCACAACACCACCGUGCUGCGGGGUGUGGCGGGCCAGUCCCUGCAGGUCUCCUGCCCGUACGACGCGAUGAAGCAUUGGGGGCGACGGAAAGCCUGGUGUCGCAUGCGAGGUGAGGGGGGGCCGUGCCAGCGCGUGGUCAGCACGCACAGCCUCUGGGUGCUGGCCUUCCUGAGGCAGCGGAACGGCAGCACGGCCAUCGUGGACGAUGCCCUAGGCGGGCGCCUCACCGUGACCCUGCGGAAUCUACAAGCCCACGACGCAGGCCUCUAUCAGUGCUAGAGCCUCCGGGGCCAGGAUGCUGACACGCUGCUGGAGGUGCUGGUGGAGGUGCUGGCAGACCCCCUGGAGCCCCAGAGUGCUGGAGACUUCUGGGUCCCUGAGGGAUCAGAGAGCUUUGGAGGGGUCCAAGUGGAGCACAGCGUCUCCAGGAGCCAGCUAGGAGAGACCCCCUUCGUGCCCAUGUCCAUCCUCCUCCUUCUCGCCUGCAUCUUGUUCUGCAAACUUCUCGCAGCCAGUGCCCUGUUCGUCAUGGCCCGGCGUGGACAGAAGCUGGAGACACCUGUGGCCAUUGGGCUGGACUGUGGUCAGGAGCCUGGGCGCUCAGCGUCUGCCUGACAGGGCCAAGGAACACAUGAGAGAACCGGAGCUUGGAUGAGAGGAGAAGCUGGGUGAGUCCAUCCAGGGGCCAAUCUGCACGCUCACCAGCUGCCAAGACUCCGAGUCAUGCUUUGGCUGCCUGCAGCCUGCCUACCCUGGGCCUGGAAGACGGGACAUCUACUGGGGGGAGAGGGAGAGGGUAGCAUGGGGAGUGGGUAGAGG